AUGGCGAUGACCAACACCAAGAUGAGUAUUUUGAUGUUCCCAUGGCUUGCUCAUGGCCACAUUUCACCGUUCCUCGAGCUCGCAAAAAAACUAACCGACAGAAACUUCAUGGUAUACCUAUGUUCCACCCCCAUCAUCCUUGAUGGAAUCAAAGACAAAAUCAGCGAUUCCAUCCAACUCGUUAAACUACACCUCCCAUCUCUACCGGAACUCCCACCGCACUUUCACACCACCAUGGGCCUCCCAACCCAUCUUAUGUUCACCUUGAAACAAGCCCUUGAUAUGUCUUUGCCCAACUUUUGUAACAUCUUGGACACCCUUAAGCCUGAUUUGGUCAUUUAUGAUCUCCUCCAGCCGUGGGCGGCGGCUGCCGCCGCUGAACGUGACAUCCCUGCUGUGGAGUUUAUCAGUAGCAGCGGCACAAUGACAUCCUUCCAGUUCCAUCAUGUCCACCAUCCUUACAAGGUGUUCCCUUUUCCUACUAUUUACUAUAGGGAUUACGAGUCCCGUGCACAAUCCCAACGAGAGGAUGAACUGAAGAAGGACAGGAAUUACGAGAAGGAGAGGCAACGUGGGAUCCUAGCACUCCGUUUGUCACACGAUAUCGUUUUGAUAAAGUCUUUUGCGGAGUUGGAAGGCAAGUACAAUGAUUAUUUGUCUGGUGUUGUAGGGAAAAAGAUCAUUCCCGUUGGGCCACUAAUUAAAGAUCCGAACCUUGAAGAAGAGGGUUCAGAUAUUAUUAAGUGGCUCAAUGGGAAAGCCAUGGGGUCCACGGUAUACACUUCUUUUGGGAGCGAGUUCUUCUUGUCAAAGGAGGAUCUGGAAGAGAUAGCAUAUGGGUUGGAGAAGAGUAAUGUUAGUUUCAUAUGGGUAGUGAGGUUUCCAAAAGGAGAGAAGACCAGGGUUUGUGAUGAACUCCCAUUAGGGUUUCUUGAAAGGGUAGGGGAUAGGGGAUUAGUGGUAGAAGGAUGGGCUCCACAAAUCAGGAUCUUGAACCACCCUAGUAUUGGUGGAUUUGUGAGCCAUUGUGGUUGGAAUUCUGUUAUGGAGAGCAUUAAGUUUGGGAUUCCCAUCAUAGCAAUGCCAAUGCACCUUGACCAACCAGUCAAUGCACGGUUGGUGGAGGAAGUUGGUGUCGGUAUCGAGGUUGUUCGUGACUCAGAUGGGCGGCUUCACAGAGAGGAGGUGACGGCGGUGAUCAGGCGGGUGGUGGUGGAGAAGGGUGGAGAUGUGGUAAGGAAGAAUGCGAAGAAGUUCAGCAAAAACAUUGACAAAAAGGGAGAUGAAGAAAUUGAUGCAGUGGUGAAAGAGUUGAACCGUCUUGUUCAAAAGAAGCCCGCAGCAGGUGCAGUAACUUAUUGGUAG